GUCCUUCCUCCCCAACACGCCAGCUCCCUUCUAUCCUGACCACGGAGUCCUCCACCACCCCCUUUUCUCAAUCGCAGCUGCCUGGUCAGCACCACAUCUUGCGAGCAUUCUGAGCCCCAACUUUGCAAUAAGAUGGUAAAAGAUGGAAAUCCUGAAAGCUGCGAGUUUGGUUUGGGUUUUUUGUUUUUUUAGUGCAAUGAAUGGGGAGUAGUUCUUUGAGCACCCAUUUAUUCACAUCUUCUCUUCCUCUGGACUGCCUCCCUGCCCUCCCCUCCCCCCCCCAAAUCUGGAUGCCUGUCUGCUGGAAAAGGCGCGAUUACCUCUCUUCCUCUUCUGCCCAAGUCCAGGCGCUAAGACCUAAUAUUCUUUUCAGCCACACACAUACCACACUAAGUCUUCUUGAUGUUCUUGCAUUCCCCCGUUCCUCUGGACACUUCUUGCCAUAACCCCAUUUCUCAGACAAAGGCUUAGGAGGGAAAAAGAAGCAAACUGUUUCCUGUGUUUGCCAUUUUAAUUCUGUCCAUCCCCACAGACCCAAGCCCUUUCCCUGAUGCUUCUUGUGCCAGUGUCUUGAACCUUCAGAAUGAAAGGGGGGAAAAAAUCUCCUGGGUAGCUUGAUGGAGUUUCUUUAUAAAUCUGCAUUGUUGCUUCUGGUUUAUGGCCAUGAAGAAAAUACCAGCCCCCACCCAAAAUGCACCGCAGCCAAGUCGGCUAAAGGCGAUGAGUGUUGGAGUCAGUAGGGGGCGCAUUCCCUGCACUGGGUAAGGCUGCAGAGGGGGGAAGGGCCCCAGAGCUAGAACAGGAUGUGCUUCACAGCGCCUUCUACAGACCAUGGGAAAAUGGACCCAGCAAGACACUCUGACACUUAGUUGGUGAGCUGACAGCAACAUGGUGAAGGAUCAAGUGAGUCAAGAGCAGUGAUUUUAUUUCUUUUAAAGUAUCCACCCUGCACUUUAGAAGUUUUCUCUUUUGACUUUUUCAAAGUGUUGACCCUUAAGCAAUCCACAUUUGUUCUUGACGAAUCACCUUGGCACAUCCUUGGUACACAGAUUCCCCCUUCUCUGGAAUUCUUCCGCCUUAAGCUUUGAAUGUGUCACCAUAUCUUUCCAAGGUCAGAUGGUAAAGGGAAAAAUUCAAAACCUGAGAGUAGCAGGUUUGGGGGAGUAUUGUUGAUUUCAUUCCUUCUUCAUGGCCCCAUGUCUUUUCAACUCUUUGAGAGUUCAAAAUCCUUGAGGGAUGUUAGAUUUUAGUGGGGGAGUAAUUUUCUUAAGCGUGUAGAUGGGUGUCAUGAUUUGCAAAGCCUUGUUGGUAAACAUCAAGACCAUGUUGAGUUCUCCGCUGUUAAACUCAACCGAGUUGAUUGUAAACUUUCCCUUCUUUCCAACCUUGGACUUGAAAUUGCCAUUCGUUAUCCCAGUAGCCAACCGCCUUUGCAAAAGCAUUGACAUCAGUCUUCUGUGAGCACCCACCUUCUUAGGGUGAGUUGAUUUCUGUAGAUUUUACUCCUCUUGUUAUUUCCAUAGGUGUGAGAUGCACAAUGCGAAACCUAGGCCCCAGCUUUUGCACCAUGAUGCACAGGGUUGUACUUUUUGUACUGAACUGAUAGGUGGCCUAGUGGUUAUGCCCUGUACUACCAUUUUGAGGAUCUGGACUCCGUUCCUGCCUUGCUCUUUGGACCACAUUGUCAAUUCACACCGUGAUCAGAGCUUCAUCUGCAUGGAUAAUAGGAAGAACGCUGCAUCCCAGAUCUUGAGAUGACCUUGAGACCCAGCUCUGGCACCAAAGAGAUUGACCGACUGGAGCCCCUUUGUUGGAGAUUGGCCUAGGUGAAAACAGAAGGAAUGGUGACAAGCACUGAGCAUGAUUAACUUGGAGAAGGGGACCUCUUGAGAGGGAAGGAGAAAGUGUCUUAAAAACUUGAACGGCUGUUAGAAACUAUGUUCCAACUUCCUGUCAACAAUCUUGGCAGUUUAAGAAAAGCCCGGAAAACUGUGAAAAAAAUACUUAGUGACAUUGGGUUGGAAUACUGUAAAGAACACAUAGAAGACUUUAAACAGUUUGAACCUAAUGACUUUUAUUUGAAAAACACUACAUGGGAGGAUGUAGGACUAUGGGACCCUUCGCUUACAAAAAACCAGGACUAUCGGACAAAACCUUUUUGCUGCAGCGCUUGCCCAUUUUCUUCAAAAUUUUUCUCUGCCUACAAAAGUCAUUUCCGGAAUGUCCAUAGUGAAGACUUUGAAAAUAGGAUUCUCCUUAAUUGCCCCUAUUGUACGUUCAAUGCAGACAAAAAGACUUUGGAAACACACAUUAAAAUAUUCCAUGCUCCAAACGCCAGCGCACCAAGUAGCAGCCUCAGCACUUUCAAAGAUAAAAGCAAAAGUGAUGGCCUUAAACCUAAGCAGGCUGACAGUGUAGAGCAAGCUGUUUAUUAUUGUAAGAAGUGCACUUACCGAGAUCCUCUUUAUGAAAUAGUCAGGAAGCACAUUUACAGGGAACACUUUCAGCAUGUGGCAGCGCCUUACAUAGCAAAGGCAGGAGAGAAGUCGCUCAACGGUGCAGUCCCCUUGGGCGCAAACGCCCGGGAGGAGAGCAGUAUUCACUGCAAGCGAUGCCUUUUUAUGCCAAAGUCUUAUGAAGCUUUGGUACAACAUGUCAUUGAAGACCACGAACGCAUAGGCUAUCAGGUCACUGCCAUGAUUGGUCACACAAAUGUGGUGGUUCCCCGAUCCAAACCCUUGAUGCUAAUUGCUCCCAAACCUCAAGAGAAGAAGGGCAUGGGACUCCAAUCAAGAAUUGGUUCCCUCGCUUCUGGAAACGUACGGUCUUUGCCAUCACAGCAGAUGGUGAAUCGACUCUCAAUACCAAAGCCUAACUUAAAUUCCACAGGUGUCAACAUGAUGUCCAAUGUUCACCUGCAGCAGAACAACUACGGAGUCAAAUCUGUAGGCCAGGGCUAUGGCGUUGGUCAGUCAAUGAGACUGGGGCUAGGUGGCAACGCAUCGGUUUCCAUCCCUCAACAGUCUCAGUCUGUGAAGCAGUUGCUUCCAAGUGGCAAUGGAAGAUCUUACGGUCUUGGGUCAGAGCAGAGGACCCAGGCACCAGCAAGAUACUCACUGCAGUCGCCGAAUGCCCCGUCUCUCUCUUCAGGCCAGUUAAAGUCUCCUUCCCUCUCCCAGUCACAGGCAUCCAGAGUAUUAGGUCAGUCCAGCUCCAAGCCAACUGCAGCUGCCACUGGCCCUCCACCACCCAAUACUUCCUCAACUCAGAAGUGGAAAAUAUGUACAAUCUGUAAUGAGCUUUUUCCUGAAAAUGUAUAUAGCGUGCACUUCGAAAAAGAACAUAAAGCUGAGAAAGUCCCAGCAGUAGCCAACUACAUUAUGAAAAUACACAAUUUCACUAGCAAAUGCCUCUACUGUAAUCGCUAUUUGCCCACAGACACUCUGCUCAACCAUAUGCUGAUUCAUGGUCUAUCCUGUCCGUAUUGCCGGUCAACCUUCAAUGACGUGGAAAAGAUGGCGGCUCAUAUGCGGAUGGUUCACGUGGACGAAGAGAUGGGACCUAAAACAGAUUCUACUCUGAGUUUUGAUCUGACAUUGCAGCAGGGUAGUCACACUAACAUCCAUCUCCUUGUCACCACGUAUAACCUGCGGGAUGCUCCUGCUGAGUCUGUUGCUUACCAUGCCCAAAACAACCCACCCAUCCCUCCAAAGCCACAGCCAAAAGUGCAGGAAAAGGCAGAUAUCCCUGUUAAAAGCUCACCUCAAGCUGCAGUGCCCUAUAAAAAGGAUGUCGGGAAAACCCUUUGCCCUCUUUGCUUUUCAAUCCUGAAAGGACCCAUAUCCGAUGCACUUGCACAUCACUUGCGAGAGAGGCACCAGGUGAUUCAGACGGUUCAUCCGGUGGAGAAGAAGCUGACCUACAAGUGCAUCCACUGCCUCGGCGUGUACACCAGCAACAUGACCGCCUCGACCAUCACCCUGCAUCUGGUUCACUGCAGGGGCGUGGGGAAGACCCAGAAUGGCCAAGACAAGACAAACGCACCCUCGCGGCUCAACCAGUCUCCAGGCCUGGCACCUGUGAAGCGCACUUACGAGCAGAUGGAGUUUCCCUUGCUGAAGAAGCGAAAGCUGGAUGAAGAUAGCGACUCACCAGGCUUCUUUGAAGAGAAGCCUGAGGAGCCUGUUGUUUUAGCUUUAGACCCUAAGGGUCAUGAAGAUGAUUCCUAUGAAGCCAGGAAAAGCUUCCUAACAAAAUAUUUCAACAAACAACCCUAUCCCACCAGGAGAGAAAUUGAGAAGCUGGCGGCAAGCUUAUGGUUGUGGAAGAGUGACAUUGCUUCCCAUUUUAGUAACAAGAGGAAGAAGUGUGUCAGAGACUGUGAAAAGUACAAGCCUGGUGUGUUACUGGGCUUCAACAUGAAAGAGUUAAACAAAGUUAAGCAUGAGAUGGAUUUUGAUGCUGAGUGGCUAUUUGAAAACCAUGAUGAGAAGGAUUCCAGAGUCCAUGCUAGUAAAACAGCGGACAAAAAGCUCAGUCUCGGGAAGGAAGAUGACAGUUCCUCAGACAGUUUUGAAAAUUUGGAGGAAGAAUCCAAUGGAAGUGAUAGCCCUUUUGACCCUGUUUUUGAAGUUGAGCCUAAAGUCCCUAAUGAUAACCCAGAGGAACACAUACCGAAGGUAAUUUCUGAAGAUGCUUUAGAAUCUGAGAAGCUAGACCAAAAAGAGGAGGAUGGUUCAAAAUAUGAAACUAUUCAUUUGACUGAGGAGCCAACCAAACUAACGCAUGAUGCCUCUGAUAGUGAGGCUGACCAAGAUGAUGUUGUCGAGUGGAAAGAUGGUGCUUCUCCAUCUGAGAGCGGCCCUGGUUCCCAACAAGUGUCAGACUUUGAGGACAACACGUGUGAGAUGAAAACAGGAACCUGGUCUGAUGAGUCUUCCCAGAGUGAAGACGCAAGGAGCAGUAAGCCAGCUGCCAAAAAAAAGGCUACUGUGCAAGGUGACAGAGAGCAGUUGAAGUGGAAGAAUAGUUCCUAUGGAAAAGUUGAAGGGUUUUGGUCCAAGGACCAGUCACAGUGGAAGAAUGCAACUGAAAAUGAUGAGCGCUUAUCCAACCCACAGAUUGAGUGGCAGAACAGCACAAUUGACAGUGAGGAUGGGGAGCAGUUUGACAACAUGACUGAUGGGGUGGCUGAACCCAUGCACGGCAGCUUGACGGGGGUUAAACUGAGCAGCCAGCAGGCUUAAGGGCUGACCUCUCUGGCUUUGGUGACAAAUGCUGCAGCCUGGAACUCUGUUCUCCUUUCAGUUAUGACUGCAAACCUGUGUUCUAACUGGUACUGCCUUUUGAGUGUCGGGUCAUCAGGCGGUGGGGACAUGUGGCCACUCCAAUCCCAGUGGUUAUUUCUAAGUCUGUGACACAUGAUUGGCUGAUCUUGCUUUAGAACACUCUGUGACAGACACAGUAACUAAAUGUGAAAAACCAAUAAGCUGGUGGCUCAUGAUCGCACACAAGAAAAAGCAGAGGUUUGUUUUAUCUGCCUUCUCAACAUUUCUUUCCCUCUGUAAAACAAUGUCUGGUUGGACGUCCUUGAGAAGCGUUCUCCUGAUUAAAAUGGUAGUGUAGGGCCAACACACAAGCUACCAGUCCAAUGUGUACAGUAGACUUUGGGGAAAUCAAUUUUUUUUCAUGUAUUCAUUCUGAAUAGUUGAAAUGUAUAUUUGUACAGUCUUUUAGACCUAUUCAAGUGAUGCUUAUGAUAUUGUUAUUGUGUACCCACCAUAGAUUUGUUUCUUUUUUUAGUGUUGCCCUUGCUGUGUAAUAAGCGCUGUAUCUAGUUGACCUAGCAAAAGCCUGAAACUACGCUAGUGUGGACUUCGGGACAGACUUAGUUUUUGCACAUAACCUUGUACAAUCUCGCGACAGAGGCCAGCCACAUAAGAUAUAUAUCUGGACUCUCUUGUACUAUAGAAUUUUUCUUGUUCUGAAUAUCCUUGACAUGACAGCUGACAAAAACUGGCAUUUCAGAUGUUUUCUGAAAUCUUUUAAGCUAAAAAUCACAUGCAAGAAUUGACUUUGCAGCUACUAAUUUUGACACCUUUUAGAUCUGUAUGGAAGUGUGUUGUGUUGAAGCAGCAGACCAAUGAGUGCUGCUUUUUGGAUAUUUAGUUUUAUCUUUAGUUAAACACCACCCUGGUGUAUUCAUUUAUACCAUCUAAUAUAUGACACACUGUUGUAGUAUGUAUAAUUUUGUGAUCUUUAUUUCCCUUUGUAUUCAUUUUAAGCAUCUAAAUAAAUUGCUGUAUUGUGCUUAAUGUAAAUACUUGCUUUCUUACACCUUCCAGUCCUGUGUGUCAGAUAGGUCUUAUACCAGUUGAUGCCAUGGCUUCCUCAUCAGAGAUGGAGGCACAGCCACUGAGGAAACUUGUGGAAGACCAAGAAUGGCAUAACAGACGCUUUCUCUCCAGGCUCCUGUUGCAAAUUCUUUGGUUCAGUUUGACUUUUGUCUUUUACCUUUUUAAUCACUAAAAUAAACAUCCUUGAAUUUUUUCAAUUCCCCCAUUGUCAAGGAUCAGAACCUGCUUAGAUAUGUAAAUGUCUCAGUGAUAAAGGAUGUAAACAUAAAUAAGCAUUGGUUUGCAAGCAGAAUCUUAAUACCCUGGUGUUCUUUCUUCUAAAUGAAGUCCAUAGUAGUUUUCACCUUAUAAUGGGAACAGUUGUACUAACCAGGGAACUACUCUCUGCUUUUAUUUUAACUCUGGACCAUCUUGCUAUUAAGAGAAAGGCUUUGGAGAGCACGCGUUCUGGGGGCUGUCAAGAUGCAGGAGCUGGUAGGGUGCAAGUGACCCCGUACCACAGAACAGGGAGUUAGGAGGUGGCAGAAGUGGUCCAGUGCGUUUGGUGGUGAUAACGUGAUGGGAUGGAUGCUCUUUUAGUCCAUGCGGAGGCUGGUCAGUCCCCUUUCAGGAACAUCUGCCUAAAGAGUUCUGUAGACUGGCUAGUUUCCGUGAUCUCUUAAGACUCCAGAAAGUUCAGCUUAACGCUUUUGUUACCUGAGAGCAAAAGUUUGACCAGCCUCCCCCCAGAAUGUAACAUCAUGCCUCUCAGAACAAUACAGCAGAAAGCACAAGAAUGGACUAGAACCUUUAGGGUGUUUGGGGCUGGCACAGAGCUUUUUUUUUUUUUUUUUUUGGAGCUAUUUUAAAUCUGUUUCACAGAUUAUAAAUGCUGUGGACGUCCAAGAUGCUACAGAUUACCUAAUCAGAAAAGGUGGCAUUGAGAACAUGGCUUACCUGAGGAUAGUAAUACCAGCUGCAUUUAAGCCAUCUCACAUUUCCUUUGAAAUUACUCUGCCUAAUAGGAAGAAUUUAGCCUGGUCUUAAGAGUCCUACAUGAAGUACUAGUGAGACUUGUGCAGAAUAGGGGGUGAGGGUGGAGAGGUGCGCUCCGGGCUGGACAUUGGAGCAGAGAGAGAUGAGUAUACUUCCUUGCUGUGGUGGUGUGAGUGGGCCUUGUCAGCAUGGGGAAGAGAGUUGAGCCACCUAAGAACUGGAAAUAAAGAUUCCCCAGUAAGAACUAUUGGAGAAGUCCUGAAAGUGUCUCAAUAAAAGCCAUUUUAAAACAA